AUUUGGGUUUAAUAUGAAACUCUAAAGGUUUCGUAUUUUCCUACGAAACCUUUUUCUGCUGUACGGAACUUAAAAAAAGGUUUCGCAGGAAAAGGUUCUUAUUCUGAAUACACGGUAAGAACCUUUAAAAGUUUCGUAGAUUUUUUUAUCCUUUGUUUGAAACUUUGGAUAUCUUUGGACGCUGUUAGACAUCUCCGGAACCUUUUUUGGGGGUUCGGUAAAAAAACGAUUUUUUUUUAGAGUGUACGCAUCUUUCAAAAGCAAAAAGAAAUAUCUUUGUUUCGCAAUUUUCAAAUCCUUAUUUUUGUCCUUCUUCUUAUAAAAUCCUUCUAAAAAUGCUGGAAUUAUGACUAAAAUCUCUAGGUUUUCCAAUCGAUAGGUAACAUACUAUUAGCAUUAGGCUUCUCAACAUUUUGAAGAAUGUUAACUCCUACAGCAACCGCCUACACAUUCCAGAUAGAAUCUUCUCAGUAUUUCAGAAAUGCUUCUUCUCGAGAAAAAAAAACUCUUUCCGAAAAUCUCAAAAGAAUUCUCAUAAGAAUUGUUACCAAGUUCUUUUUUUGUUGCAUAUGAAACUAGGAGAAUCUUUUGCUUGUUUAGAGUAUGUUAGAGAAAGACAUUCUCGAAAGUUUUAUCAAGUUCUCUUCGAACAAGAACUUUUUAUUCAUAGAUAACGACGAAAACGAUUCUUUUUCUCGUUCAUUGUAGUAACUCCCAAUAUUCCAGUCGAUGCCCGAUGGAAACAGAAUGGUGUGACCGUUGCUGGAGGCCACGGAAAAGGCAGUGCCACCAAUCAACUCAACGAGCCUCAAGGUUUCUUCGUUGAUGAUGAUCAAACGAUUGUUAUCGCUGACAACCGUAAUCAUCGUAUCAUCCAAUGGAAGAAGGGUGAUACGAAUGGACAAGUGGUAGCUGGUGGCAGUGGCGAAGGAAAUCGAUUGGAUCAAUUGUAUCAACCAGUCGAUGUGCUAAUCGACAAAGAGACUGCUAGUCUCAUUAUAUGUGAUUACUGGAAUCGACGAGUCGUACGAUGGCCUCGUCGUAGUGGUACAACUCAAGGAAAAGUCGUCAUCGACAAUAUCGAUCCUUGGGGAUUAGCUACGGAUGAUCAGAGAUAUCUCUACAUCUCUGACGUCGACAAACAUGAAGUAAGACGAUACAACAUAGGAGACAAGAAUGGAACUCUCGUGGCUGGUGGCAAUGGCAAAGGUGCUGGUCUCAAUCAACUCAACGGUCCGUGCUACAUCUUUGUCGAUCAACAACAGACUGUCUACGUGUCAGACAACUACAAUCAUCGUGUGAUGAAAUGGAAUAAAGGUGCAACAGAAGGAAUUGUCGUCGCUGGAGAUCAAGGCGAAGGGAAUGCUCUGACCCAAUUGAAGUAUCCUUACGGAUUGUUCGUCGAUACGUUGGGUACCAUCUAUGUGGCAGACUCCUGGAAUCAUCGAGUGAUGCGUUGGCCUAAAGGAGCAAAACAAGGCACUGUCAUUGUGGGUGGAAAUGGCAAAGGAAAAGGAGCAAAUCAGUUCAACUAUCUCGGUGGUUUGUCCUUCGAUCGACAAGGCAAUCUCUAUGUCGUCGAUUAUUACAAUAAUCGUGUUCAACGAUUUUCAAUCGAAUGA